UCUUUGUCCUGAUUGGUCAAUUAAAUGCUACUCUAUCUUACGGGUAAGAUUUUUGAACGCAACCUAAAUGUAGAGAUUAUGCAGAAGUAAAAUCUACUUUCAUUCUAAUAGGUGCGAGUUGUUUCGAAUAAAAAUCGAUCGCUGUGAGCGGUUGUCUCUUAUCUCUUGAUCCAAGUUAACGUCAAACACGAUACAAGCGAUUUUGGUGUAAAAUGAAUUUAGGAAGAGUGGCUAACGUUAACAUUUUCCGCAAGGUCCGACAGCUUGAGACAUUGGUCAAACCUGCUAGUUUACUCCAGAUAUGCAAAUAUAAUCCAACACAAACCUUCCCCAAAUCUAUUUCAAGUCUUGCAAAUCUGAAUCGUUGCAUAAUACCUAAUGCAAAGAAUUAUUCAAAAUGCCGUAUCUUGUCCAAGUUUCCUGUACAAUCAACAGUCAGUGUGACUCAAACUCGUGUGGCAAGUACCCAUGGUGAUCACGUACGCGUAUGGCUGAUAGAAAGAAUAGUGUCUGCAUCUUUCUUAUCACUAGUACCUGCCGCUCUGCUCUUCGAAAAUAAAUUUAUUGAUAUAAUAUUGGCAGCUGCCGUCGUCAUGCACACGCAUUGGGGAUUGGAAGCUAUCAUACUCGAUUAUGCACGGCCCAUUGUGGUAGGCACAGUAGUACCAAAAGUGGCGUUCUUCAUGUUAAAUCUACUAUCUGCCGCAACUCUCGCUGGUCUGCUUGUGCUAAUUUAUAAUGGUCCUGGUCUUACAAAGAUCAUUAAACAGGGCUGGACAAUAGGUAAAGACAGAGAGAAACAGAUCUAAUUAGAUGUUAUCACUAAACACAAAUAAUUUGUUUGUUAGUAUAUGAAGAACUUUUUGAAAGAGAUGAUAGCUUGUAAAUUAUUCGGGAAUAAAUUAUUUACCAUAUAAUAAAA